GACGGGAACAAUGUCAUCAUGUCGCCUUAAAAAGAGUGCAGCUAUGUUGUGGUGAAAGCACCUCGGGGGGAGAACAGAGGAUCAGUAGCAGGAGGAGACAACAACAAAAAGACGCAUCAGAUGUUUCUGUCAGCGAGCGGCUAAAAGUGGAUUUCUUCUCCCCGCAGCAGCGUCCAAAGUGCCUUCAGCUCUCCGUCCACCGCGAACAUGCCGAGAGGAUUUUUAGUAAAAAGGAACAAGAAAACCAACCCGGUAUCUUACCGGGUCCGCUCUGACGAGGAAGAAGCGGAGCAAACAGCGGCUGAUGCUCCGCCGCUGCUGCCGUCCUCAUCCGGGCCUCUCGCCUCCGUACCGGUGCGCGCACAGACGCCGACGCCCACCUGCGGGGCGGUGGCCACGGCUCCGGAGCAGGAUGUUAAACCGGUGCAAUUCGGAAACCCGGAGGCGGUGUACCAGGCGCUUUACAGCCCCACCCGCCCCGUCAGCCAGGACCACGACCGCUCCUACUUCGAGAGACGCUUCAACCUCGGGUCACCGGUUUCCGCGGAGUCUUUCCCCACACCAGCUUUGGACCACCUCUUCGCCCCGGUAGACCUGAAAAUUGGCUCCAGCAACAGCAGUCGCAUAGGGACCAGCGCCACAUCCACGGGGACGCUCCCCGCCGCCGGGACCAAGCGGCAGUCCAGCGACACCGAGCGCAAAAGCAAACCACCGUCCAAGAAAACCAAAGCUAUCCGGAAACUGCACUUUGAGGAUGAUGUCACCACAUCUCCGGUUCUCGGGCUCAAGAUUAAAGAGGCGCCGGUGGACCAGAAGCCUUCCAGACCGCAGCCGUCCGGAGGUGACAACAACCCGCUGGGCGAGUUCGUGUGCCAGCUGUGCCGAGAGGCGUACGCAGACCCGUUCUCCCUGGCGCAGCACAAGUGCUCCAGGAUAGUCCGGGUUGAGUACAGGUGUCCUGAGUGUGACAAGGUGUUCAGCUGCCCCGCUAACCUCGCCUCGCACCGGCGGUGGCACAAACCGAAGCCGCAGAGCGGAGCCCCCGGUGUGCAAAAUUUGGAGAGCGACAAGGCGGCUGCGUCCGGGAAGACGGCGCCGGAUGAAGUGAAGGAUUCUAGUGACAGGGACACACCCAGCCCCGGGCCGUCCGAGUCUGGCUCAGAGGAAGGGCUGUAUGAUUGUAAUCACUGUGGGAAAAAGUUUAAGCGCCAAGCAUACCUGCGGAAGCACCUGGCGUCUCAGCACGGCUCCCCAAAACCGGCGGAGGAGAAGGAGGCGCCGGCCUGCGAGCAGAGCGCGGCGCCGCUGAACCUGAGCUCCUCCACCUGCCACCUGUGUCCGGUCUGCGGGGAGAACUUUUCCAACAGAGGCAGCCAGGAGCGGCACAUCCGCCUGCUGCACUCCUCACAGGUCUACCCGUGCAAAUACUGCCCCGCCAUCUUUUACAGCUCCCCGGGACUCACCAGACACAUCAACAAAUGCCACCCGUCCGAGAACCGGCAGGUGAUCCUGCUGCAGAUGCCGCUCCGCCCCGCCUGCUGAUCCGGGACUUCAGGCUGCCGUCACACUGUCAGAUAACAAGACAACCAAGUGAAACAUUUAUGGCACUUUGGUGAGAAGCUGUAACUCUGGUUGACUGCACUGUUGAUGGGAGUGAUUUUCUCUCUUGUUUCAGUUAUUUGGGUAAAAAAAAAGGAAAUCACCAAAUUAGAAACUGUUGUUUUAAGAAUUGAAUCCACUUAACUCUAAUUUCUACAGCGAUUUGCCUAUUUUUGGAUGUUAAUUCAAGAAAAUGCACAAAUCACAUUAGAAUAAAGAUGACUUAUUUCUGGCAUCACCAUUUUGAGUCCCUGAGGUAAAAUAAGACAUUAGUGAAACUCCUACUGUCAUGCACCUAUUUGUAGGGGUCAGAGGUCAGCGGUCACCUGCAGCUGGCAGGGAUUCAGUGCCUUGCUCAAGGACACAUCAGCAGGUUCUGGGUGUGUGUUUGAACCCCCGAGGCCUAUAAACCCCCCCCCCCCCAGCCCCUUAAAGGAUCUCUGACAUCACAUUUAAAACACUUAAAGCGUUAGACUGUUAAUUUAUUUUUCUAGCAUCUCUGCACAAGUGCUAUUAGCUUCUAGACCUAAGAGAGGGAACGACCUGUAGCCGAUAAAACCCCAGAAAUCACAGGCCUGAAAAGACCUUAUCUCAUCACUCUGAUUAGCUUUAACAUAGCUUGUGGAUCCGUGGAUCAGUAGCUGUUGCCUGAAAAGAAUAAAGAGUAACCACUAGUGUAGCCGGUAAUGCCUUUGGAUUAGAAACUCUUGCUGUAAAACUGCCUUAAACUGAUCUGAUUGUUUUUGAUCACUUAUUUAUCACUGACUGGGUAUAAUAUGAUUAUUAUUUUUUACAAAGCCUUCUGUAUUACCACUAUACAGUAUAUCUAACUACUUUUGUGUUCUAUUUAUUUAUGUAUUUAUUAAAUUAUUUGUGUAAAUUAUUGCUCUUUGUGGUCUGUGUGAUCUGUCGCUGUGUUGCUUUUAUCCAUGAUGGUAGCCAAAUUGUUUAAUUUUUCUUUUAACUUAUAUGAAAAUCGACGUGAGGACGGCGUGAUUCAAGUGACAUUAUAGCAAUCAAUGAGUUUUAUCAGCCGUUCUUGAAAUAUAACUGAAUGCAAUCAUGAUUUUGUUUCAUUUUGUAUUUUUGUUUUUGUUUUCUUUGUAACCGUUAGCUCUUAUACUGCUUUGGAUGUUUCUGCAGUAUUUUGCUAAAUGUCCAAAAAUAAUAAAAGCCA